AUGGCCGAUCAAGAGGCUUUGGAUGGUCGGCCAACGUUUUUAGACCUCCCUGUUGAAAUUUCUGAGUAUAUACUCAGUUUCUGUGACAUCGAGACACUUUCAACUAUUUGCAAGUCCAGUAAGAGACUGAGGGACUUGGCUGAUUCAGAAAUUGUGUGGAAAGUGAAAUGGCAGCAAGUCAAGUCAGAAUUCGGCCUGAAUUUUGAUGUAAAUGUCCAGUCACAUAGAUAUAAAGACUUAUGUCGACGUGCAAUACUAUGCUUGGCUCCACCUAAGCAUGAAAACAACACUUUUUAUUGUGACUGCAACAGUAAACAAGUGGAUGACAUCAUCGCCUAUGAUAUUGGUGCUGGAACCUCCUGGAUCUGUUGGGUUGGUCGAUUUGACAAAAGAGGCUGUCCCACAAAGGUAGCUCAUCUACGUAAACGCGGAACCGAGAUUAAUGAACUAAAUGUUUACCUGACGAGUAUUGGUCACCCAAGAGUUUCUCAUAGCUAUGUGGUUGGUAAAGAUGCCAAGAUUCUGUCAGCGAUGUAUCCCCACUUGUAUAAAUCAGACUUCUUUCCUGUAUACUGUGAGGAAAGCUUUAGAAGAGAUUGCAAGUCGCAUAGUUUGCCCGAUGUGUUGAAGUCUAGAGCAUCAACUGGUAAUGCCAACCCCGACCCUGACUCAGACGGAGAUAGUAUAAGAAGAAAAAGCAUGAAUGGUUUUCUAGACUCAGAAACCAACACUACCUCAGACUACGAUUAUUCUGCAUGUACGUGCAACGGUGCUUCAUCAAUGGAUUCAUCAGGAAAGCAAACCACCUUGCCUACCAAUAGUGCUCUAUCUCAUGAAGCUGAGUCAAAUACUUUUGAACUUCAUCACCCAAUUAUAAAUGGCAAUAUAAAUCGAGUUGCUAAUAUUGAGUUGAUCAUACGUCAUCUGUUUCGUCAGCUGACCUUUGGCACCCACCAUUAUUACCAUUUACAUAACACGCCUAUUGUCGUAUUGGAACCACCCAAUCUAUCUGAAGAGGCUAGAAGUGAGCUGCUACAAAUGAUGUUUGAGAAACUGAAAAUUCCAAGACUGUGCCUUCAGAACAAAGCUUUAUCAUUGUCAACUUGUCUUGGAUUGGAUAUGUACCUUGUAAUUGACAGCGGUUCACAUUGCACGGCGGUCACUCCGAUUAUUGACUGUAAAGUGCAGAGACAUGCUGUUCAGUUUAAACCUAUUGGCGGCUAUGACGUAUCAUAUUUGCUUGCUGAUUUCAUCACUGAUAGUGGACGUAUUGACAAGGUUCUAGUUGACAGUCUUGAUUCAAGAUGUGUCAAAGAAGUUUGUUAUAUAGCAUAUGACCCUGUCAGAGAGAGAAAGAAAUGUCAUUCACCAAGAACAAUCAUUGUGCAGAAACCAGGAAGUCUCAAAGCCUUGAAAGAAGCACACAAAGUAGACCUUGGAACUGAGCGCUUCUUAGCCUGUGAAGAUAUGUAUCUACGUCUAGAUCUGCCCUCAAUGAUCAAUUCAGCCAUCCAGGCAUGUCAUCCAUCCACUCAUAAACUGCUAUUAUCCCGACUCAUACUAACCGGGGGUAACACACAGCUCACAGGGUUCGCCAACCGAAUAUAUAAAGACCUGAGAGAGAUUGUCCCCAAUUACGCUGACUCUAUCUACUUUGUACAGCCGAAUAGCAAUGCCUUAUCUCGUGCACUGAAUGCCUGGACUGUGCACUAUAAAGCAGCCCCCCUAGCUACCUGUAAAUGGACAUCCCGCGAGGAUUACAUCUUACAUGGUGUGGAUGCAAUAAAUUGCAAGGAUAGAGGGCUCUGUGACAAGACUGCAGACCCAUGCCAGUAUCAGUCAUAAGGCAGGACUGGAAUUGUUAUACUGCAAUUCUGCAGCAAUGUGUGACUACGGUAGAUAUAGUUUCUAGACAUUGUUGUGUGCUGAGUCAUUAUGGUUCAUAUGUACAGUUGAAUGUUUCUAGACUCUGGUAUCCUGCCUGUAGUAAACAUGUAUGUAGCUAUGGCACUGAAUAUUAAGUGAAUACUCACUUAUUCAGUCUUCUUUGGUCUGGUCCCUAAAUGGAAGUCAUUGGUAACUGUUGUAGCCAUUUAUAGAAGUGGCCGGUUCCUGUUGUAGCCAAAUAUGGAAGUGAUCGGUUACUGUUGUAGCCAAAUAUGGAAGUGAUCGGUUCCUGUUGAAGACAAAUAUGGAAGUAAUCGGUCGCUG